AUGGCUUCCAGAUUUGAGAAGGAUCUCAGCUGUCCUGUCUGCCAUGACAUCUUUAAAGAUCCUGUGCUCCUGUCAUGUAGCCACAGCUUCUGUAAAGCCUGUCUGCAGAGCUGGUGGACAGAGAAACCAACAAAAAACUGUCCAUUUUGUAAGAGAAGAUCUUCAAAGAGUGAUCCACCUCGUAACUUGGCACUGAAGAACCUGUGUGAGGCCUUCUUACUGCAGAGAGAUCAGAGAGCUUCAGCAGGGUCGGAGCUCCUCUGCAGUCUGCACUCUGAGAAACUCAGGCUCUUCUGUCUGGACCAUCAGCAGCCAGUGUGUCUCGUCUGUCGAGAUUCAAAGAAACACACCGACCACAAGUUCAGACCCAUCGACGAAGCUGCUCAGGAUCACAGAGAAGAACUUCAGAAAUCACUGAAGCCCUUACAGGAGAAACUGGAGCUCUUUAAUAAAGUCAAAGGAAACUGUGAUCAAACAGCAGAGCACAUUAAGGUCCAGGCCCGACGCACUGAGAGGCAGAUUAAGGAGGAGUUUAAGAAGCUUCACCAGUUUCUCCAAGAGGAAGAGGAGGCCAGGAUCACCGCUCUGAGGGAGGAAGAGGAGCAGAAGAGUCGGACGACGAAGGAGAAGACGGAGGCUCUGAGCAGAGAGAUACACUAUAUUACCAAAACAGCCCUUUCAGACACAAUCAGAGCCAUAGAGAAGGAGAUGAGAGCUGAAGACGUCUCAUUCCUGCACAACUACAAGGCUACAGUGGAGAGAGUCCAGCGCCCCCUGCUGGAGGAUCCACAGCUGCUCCCAGGAGCUCUGAUAGACGAGGCCAAACACCUGGGCAACCUGAGCUUCACCGUCUGGGCCAAGAUGAAGGAGGUGGUCUCCUACACUCCUGUGGUUCUGGACCCCAACACUGCCCAUCCAGAACUCUUCCUGUCUGAAGAUCUGACCAGUGUGAGACGAGGAGAGGAACCUCAGAAACUUCCUGAUAAUCCAGAGAGAUUUGACCACUACUGCAAUGUCCUGGGAUCUGAGGGCUUCAACUCAGGGACUCACAGCUGGGAUGUUGAGGUUGGAGACAGUGCAGUCUGGGGACUGGGUGUGAAAGAAAAGUCUGUUCAGAGGAAGGGAAGCACACUAUCUGGAUUAUGGGGAAUAUGGCUCUCUAAUGGUAAAUACUCAUCAUGCUCCUCACCAGGUCCAGCCACUGAUCUCCCAGUUCAGAAGAAGCUCCAGAGGAUCAGAGUUCAUCUGGACUGGAACAGAGGACAGCUGACAUUCUCUGAUCCUGAUACUAACACACACAUACACACCUUCACACACACUUUCACUGACAGGCUGUUUCCAUACCUUAACACCACAGAAACACUGAAGAUUUUACCAGUGAAGGUCUCUGUGACUGUAGAACAGCACUAUCUGAGAGACAAAAUGGCUUCCAGACUAGAGGAGGAUCUCUGCUGUCCUGUCUGCCAUGAUGUCUUUAAAGAUCCUGUCCUCCUGUCAUGUAGCCACAGCUUCUGUAAAGCCUGUCUGCAGAGCUGGUGGACAGAGAAACCAACAACAGACUGUCCAUUUUGUAAGAGAAGAUCUUCAAGAAGUGAACCACCUCGUAACUUGGCACUGAAGAACCUGUGUGAGGCCUUCUUACUGGAGAGAGAUCAGAGAGCUUCAGCAGGGUCGGAGCUCCUCUGCAGUCUGCACUCUGAGAAACUCAAGCUCUUCUGUCUGGACCAUCAGCAGCCAGUGUGUGUCGUCUGUCGAGAUUCAAAGAAACACAGCGACCACAAGUUCAGACCCAUCGACGAAACUGCUCAGGAUCACAGAGAAGAACUUCAGAAAUCACUGAAGCCCUUCCAGGAGAAACUGGAGCUCUUUAAUAAAGUCAAAGGAAACUGUGAUCAAACAGCAGAGCACAUUAAGGUCCAGGCCCGACGCACAGAGAGGCAGAUUAAGGAGGAGUUUAAGAAGCUUCACCAGUUUCUCCAAGAGGAAGAGGAGGCCAGGAUCGGCGCUCUGAGGGAGGAAGAGGAGCAGAAGAGUCGGACGAUGAAGGAGAAGACGGAGGCUCUGAGCAGAGAGAUAGCAGCCCUUUCAGACACAAUCAGAGCCAUAGAGAAGGAGCUGAGAGCUGAAGACGUCUCAUUCCUGCUCAACUACAAGGCUACAGUGGAGAGAGUCCAGCGCCCCCUGCUGGAGGAUCCACAGCUGCUCUCAGGAGCUCUGAUAGAUCAGGCCAAACACCUGGGCAACCUGAGCUUCACCGUCUGGGACAAGAUGAAGGAGGUGGUCUCCUACACUCCUGUGGUUCUGGACCCCAACACUGGACAUCCAGAACUCUUCCUGUCUGAAGAUCUGACCAGCGUGAGACGAGGACAGAGACAGGAACUUCCUGACAAUCCAGAGAGAUUUGACUUCUACCCUGCUGUCCUGGGAUCUGAGGGCUUCAACUCAGGGACUCACAGCUGGGAUGUUGAGGUUGGAGACAGUACAUACUGGGUCCUGGGUGUGAUAGAAGAGUCUGUCAAGAGGAAGGGAAGCACACGAUCUGGAUUAUGGGGAAUAUGGUUCGAUGGAGAUAAAUACAAAGCAGGCUCCCUUCCAGGUCAUAUCACUGUUCUCCCAGUUCAGAAGAAGCUCCAGAGGAUCAGAGUUCAUCUGGACUGGAACAGAGGACAGCUGACAUUCUCUGAUCCUGAUACUAACACACUCAUACUCACCUUCACACACACUUUCACUGACAGGCUGUUUCCAAUCAUUUGCAACACAGAAAAACUCCCACUGAAGAUUUUACCAGUGAAGGUCUCUGUGACUGUAGAACAGCACCGUUAGAAAUAGAUGACAUCUAUAACA